AUGUUGGAUGAUGUUAAUGUCUCGGAUGAUGAUGAUGAUGAUGAUGAUCACGAUGAUGAUGAGGAUGAUGAUGAUUCGGAUGAUGAUGAUUCGGAUGAUGAUGAUGAUUCGUUUUCGGAUGAUGAUGAUGAUGAUGAUGAUGAUGAUGAUGAUGAUGAUGAUGAUGAUGAUGAAUCUGAUGAUGAUGAUGAUGAUGAUGAUGAUGAUGAUGAUGAUGAUGAUGAUGAUGAUGAUCAUGAUGAUGAUGAUGAUGAUGAUGAUGAUGAUGAUGAUGAUGAUGAUGAUGAUGAUGAGACAUGA